AAGAGCACGCGCCACGUCGUUCGGAUGUUUCACUUGCCCCGCUUGCGCUUGCUCUUGAAAUCGCGUUAGGUUCGUAAGAAGAACCAAAAAAAAAAAAAAGAAAUUGCGACACGGAGAGGCACGAACCCAAAAAUUUCUUAAGAAUCUAAAAUGGAGUUAUUUUGCAUGAAAGUUAAAAAAUAAGUAGUUGUUUCAUCGAUUUAAUGAUUCAAUCGAAUUAUUUGAUUGACGAAAAAAAAAAAUUGGAAUUUUUCGUGAGACGAACUGCGGGAAGGAGGAUGAACGAGUAAAUGAAUAAAUGUGUAAAUAAAUAGGCCAUCGUUUCGUGGCGUAAUUUCAGCGGUAUCAAUAAUUGUUCUUUUUUAUUCCCAAUGUGAGUGCAAAAAAAUGUUUUUCGAAUGAUGCUUGAAAAUUAGCAGUGUUAAAGUGGAUUAAUCGGUUCGUUUCGAAAACUUUCGUGGUUCCUCGAACUUUACAACAACACCAACUGUAACAAAAGCUGAUAAAAUUUUGUGUCGAUGUACGUUGAAAAAUUACAGUGAAAAGCCUCAUAAAAUCAAGGGGAAGAUCAAGGGAGAACAAGGGUUUCCAUCAUUUAUGACAUUGCGCAGAGCUGUGAGCGAAGCAUUCGAACAAUCAGUCCGUGACUUGAUGACCUUGGAUCCCGACAGCUGGGUCAGUUAAUCCAUCGAUUCUACGACCUCAGACGCUUCAGCUCGGAACACUGUACAGACAGUGUCCUGUGGAAUCGACAAGGGAUUGCAGCGUGGGCCGAAUUUGCAAAGCAUCCAAAUGAUUUUCUGACGAAUCCUCGUGGCCCAUCUGUUGACGAAGUUUCGUUUGCCUUCCUCGUCAAACAACUCGACGGUUCUUCGGAAUUGUACGUCUUCGUUGAGCUCAAAUUUGAAUUGGCAGUGAAAAAAAAAACAAAGAAACAAAAAACAAAGGGUAAAGGUUCCUAACUAUGGAUGACGAAGACACGGAGGAUAUGAGGGAGGCUGUUACGCUCACAAAUAAGCUAACCAGAACGAAGACUCUCAGUACAACAAAAAGUCGAAUGACAUUGAGUAGCACCAGUAAUAAUCGGGUCCUGCAACAACAGCCAUCGGCCGAUGACUCGGACACUUAUGAGUGCGAGUCGGAGGACGAGGUUGAGAAUAUACCGGAUGAUGUGGAUGUGGAACCCAUCGUAACUGACGAGACAGGAGCUAGAAUCUUUGAUAACUCGAAGCAUAAAAAAAUAAUUUCUGAGAGGUCAAAAGGUUCCUCAUCCGAAGUUUCGAAAUUUCGGAUUCAAGUGAACACCUCCGAAGGGAAAAAACGUCAUGAGACGAUGACCAGGAUACAGUUGAAUUCGGGUGAAAUGAUUGACGAUGACAAUAAAGCGACAGCGUCCUCGAAUUCGCCCAAGUACUCUGAAGCUCGACUGGGUUUCUUUGUAGGGACUAAUCGAAGCCCUCAAUCAAGCUCGAGCCAAGAGGACUACGAGCCCGAGGUUAAGUGUAUACCUCGUCAACACUUACUGACAGCUGGCGGUACCGGUCAAGUUGCCACGAGAUCAAUGGAGAGCUUACGCAUGUCGAGAAAUUUUUUAAGCGCCGAUGACCGUUACAGCGAGGAUUCCCGUUCUCUCGAGUCUCUAACCUCGUCGUCUGAAACUCACGUGGCAUCGACCUCGACAUCGAAGACUCAUUAUCGUAGCUUUUUGACCUCGUCGUCAUCUUCAGCUAAACGCGAUGUUCGUCGAGUUCUCAGUGUCGAGUCGAGAAGCAGCGAAAAUCUGCUUCAUCGCGAGGAGAGUCUCAACGCUGAGGCGAGACGAGGCUUGUUCGCUAAUACAGGCCUAGAACGUAAACUUCCCCAACAUCUGAGCCUACCACCACCCAGUGGAGUUUUUUCUCUCACGAGUCCAGGCGGCAGCGAUAGAAAAAUCACCAUUCUGAGCCCUCAUUCGCCCAUUCAGACGAUGGAUUUUCAACAGUAUUCCAUACAAACUUUGAAGACACGGAGGAAGAAGGCGCUCGUCUUGCCGAGGUUGGUGUUGCCACGAAGCGAUUCCGAAGUCUUUUUAGAUUUCGACGUCGAAAAUGGGGCUUCAACGCUGGACGGAGGUGCUGGGGGUGGCGGUGGGGCAUCGCCAAGCGCUGGCCUUGUCCUCCAGACGCUUCCCCAAAGAAGAGAGAGCUUCCUGUAUCGAAGUGACAGCGAUUUCGAAAUGUCGCCGAAAUCGAUGUCACGCAACAGUUCUAUCGCCAGUGAGAGGUUCAAAGAGACAGAGCCGCCUGUCGAGCGAGCGAUAUUUACCGAUCAGUACAGCCAUGGAGAGGAUCUCAUCGUUACACCGUUCGCGCAAAUACUUGCCUCUCUACGCUCGGUUAGAAACAAUUUCCUGUCGCUCACAAAUGUUCCGACGAAUAAAUCGCGGAGGAGCAGCGGUGCCCAGGGGAGCAGCACGCCACAACCGCGAAUGUUGGCGCAAGGAGAGGAGCCCUACAUGAAGCUUGCGGUCGAAACGAUGGAAGAACUUGACUGGUGCUUGGACCAGUUGGAAACCAUUCAGACACAUCGAUCCGUGUCCGACAUGGCGUCUCUGAAGUUCAAGAGGAUGCUGAACAAGGAGCUUUCACAUUUCUCGGAAUCGUCGAAAUCCGGGAAUCAAAUCUCCGAGUACAUCUGCAGCACUUUCCUCGACAAGCAGCAAGAGCUUGAUUUGCCAUCUUUACGGAUCGAGGAUGCAGUGGCCGCUGCAACGGGCGCGGAUGCGAGAAUCGUUAAGAAAAAGGACCGGGCCCAACGAGGACCCGCUGCCAUGUCACACAUCAGCGGUGUUAAACGUCCCUUAACGCAUACAAACAGCUUCACUGGAGAACGCGUCCCGGCGUAUGGGGUUGAAACCCCGCACGAAGAACAACUUGGCAAGCUUCUUUCGGACAUAGACAAAUGGGGAAUCGAUAUAUUCAGGAUAGGCGAAUUAAGCAACAAUCGACCGUUGACCUGCGUGGCCUACACAGCUUUUCACAGUCGAGACUUGCUCAAAUCGCUCGCAAUUCCACCAAAGACUUUUGUCACCUUCAUGAUGACCCUUGAGGAUCAUUAUGUCAAGGACAAUCCCUUCCAUAACAGCCUCCAUGCGGCCGACGUCACACAAUCGACACACACUCUGCUCAAUACACCCGCUCUAGAGUCCGUAUUCACACCUUUAGAGAUCACAGCGGCUCUUUUUGCGGCUACGAUACACGACGUCGAUCAUCCAGGCCUCACGAAUCAGUUCCUCAUCAACUCCAGCUCGGAGCUUGCUCUGAUGUACAACGACGAGUCGGUGCUCGAGAAUCACCAUCUCGCUGUGGCGUUCAAACUACUGCAGAACGAGGGUUGCGACAUAUUCGUAAAUAUGACGAAGAAGCAACGUCAAACGUUGAGAAAAAUGGUCAUAGAUAUGGUGCUAUCGACCGAUAUGUCGAAACACAUGUCCCUCCUUGCUGACUUGAAGACAAUGGUGGAAACGAAGAAAGUCGCUGGUUCGGGUGUUCUUCUGCUCGAUAAUUAUACUGACAGAAUCCAAGUUCUUGAGAAUCUCGUCCACUGCGCAGACCUUUCGAAUCCAACGAAGCCUUUGCCCCUUUACAAAAAAUGGGUUGGUCUUCUCAUGGAGGAGUUCUUUCUCCAGGGUGAUCGAGAACGCGAACAGAACAUGGACAUCAGUCCGAUGUGCGAUCGGCAUAGUGCAACCAUCGAAAAAACUCAGGUUGGCUUCAUCGAUUACAUCGUUCAUCCUCUGUGGGAAACUUGGGCCGAUUUAGUUCAUCCCGAUGCUCAAGACAUUCUCGAUACACUCGAAGAAAAUCGUGAUUGGUAUCAGUCCAUGAUACCGCCAUCACCGCCCUCGGACGACCAGCCGAAUAAUGAACAAUCGGCUGAUAAAAUACACUUCCAGGUUACCUUGGAAGAAGGCGAUGAGUCUGGUGAAAAUAUAGAAGGGACUAGCGAAACGACACUUUCGGGUGACGAUAGGGGCGGUGAGGCCGACGAUAACCCAGCAGACGCUGGGAUGUGACGGAGGCUGGCCGGGAUUUGCAAAAAGCUUCACGAGAAGGUGCAACAAUCAUGGUGGCGCGUACGUCAGUGACAAACGCAACGCGUUUUAUGCUUUUUCGGUGAUUUUCUCUUAUUGGAAUGAAUUGCCUCGCGCUUCGUGGACUGUGUCGUCAUCUUCGAACGGCAACGUUUGAGCCUAGAACCGAUGACGUUUAUGUGCCGAAAAGGAACGUCGAAGAGGAUGGUAGUGAGAGAAAGAAAGAAAGGAAGGAAGGGAGAAUGAACGAUAAGAGUAAUGAUCCAAAGUUCUUCUCCGGAGAAAUAAGAGGGUAUUUUCGGAGUGGAAAAGAAAGAGCGAGAGAUAUGAGGAUAAAGUCAGCACAAGGACAACAGCAAAGAAUGUUUGAGCUGCAGGAUGACCGAGAUGAAAGAAACAAGUUGGAAAUAAGGAAAAGUAAAGAAUCUGACGAUAACGAUGAAAGUCUCGAGUCUUAUAAAAAAUUAGUGUGAUAGGCCAAAACAAAAGUGUUCAAAGGGAAUAACGAGCAUUGGGAUGAGGCGUGGAUCGUGAAAUCAGCCAAUUUGACGUAUACCUUGUCGAUCUUUAUCGUCAGAAAAUGGGAAACUGAAAAAAAAACGGUAUACUCAUGUUACCAAGGUUGAAAACGAAAGGAAAGAAAAGCGCUGUCGAAUAAAAAACGAGGAGAGGAAUGCAGGCGAAGGGAAAAUAGGUCGGAGGAAGAAAUCUCAAAAUGUACCUGUGCACUAAAAGCGAAAGUGUCCGAGCGCGUUAAACCUGAGGAAAUUCAAUAAAUCUCGUCGUUUACUUUUUUAAGCCACGUUAAUUUUUCAAUAUAUUUGCGACCUGUAGUCCAUACCUCGAAGAUGAUGAGAAACUUGAAGAACGGAUUAAACGUGGGCGAGUAUGAAUGGCAAAAACUACAUUUCUUUUCCGCUUUCUUUUAUUCUCUCAUUUAUUUUUCGAAAAGACUAUACACAAUGGAGAACGAAACAAAAAAAAUGAUAUUCUCCAAGUCGUGACAGGAUCAUUAAACGACAUAUCAAAAAAACGAACGAACGAGGACGCAUGUGAUAUAACUGAGGAUGGACAGGGGAAAAAGAACUGAGAAAACACAAAAACCGAACACAAAUAAUCACAAGAAUGAAUGAAUCGACGAAACAUCAUCGACUCUCUAUCGUUUCGAAGGAAUAGAAAAAAUAAAAAAUGAAAAUAAAAAUCGCUGUACUUCCAUAAGCAUCGCAGAUUCAACUAAACGACGGGACAAGAACACUGGAGGUGGUUUGGUAGUCAAGAGGAAAAUAAGAAAAGCGGCACGUCGUCGAAACCGCACGCACGGCUUGGGCGAACGAAAAGUAUGAAAUAAAAAAAAUAAUCUUCAAACAAAAAAACAACAAAAAAAAGUAUAAAACAAAGAAAGAACAAAAAAAAAUACGAGAAACUUGAUGUAAGCGACAACGAGAGUGCGUCAAUCGAAUUGUUUUACUUUGCUUUCCGUUUUUAUGUCCGCCCUUCAGUAGAACUCCGAUUCUUCGAUAUUUAGGAUUAACCUCCGAACAAAAAACAAGCCCGAUAGGAAAUAACGAAAAAAAAAUACCUUCAUCGGAGAUUUAUUCGAUCGCUUUCGAUAAAAACAUUCAUUGAAAUAAGAACAGCAACAACAACUAUCUAGAGUUUAGUGUUCGAAAAUCGAACGUCAUACAACUUAGUCGACGCACCUAAUAACCGAGGAGAGUCAUGGCGGAGGUUACUGUUCUACAAGGAAAGAUAAAUCAUUACGUACGCGUAACCACAUUUACGCGUUUUUUCUACCCUCCAUAACAGAGGGCAGGAAAGAGAAUUGAAAAAAAUAAAAAAUUAACAAACAGAACACUCAAAGUAAUGCAAGAAGGUAAAUGCAACGAGGAUCACAAGGAAAAAAGAAACGAAAAUAAUCAGUAGUUCAUGCAAUGACAACAUUGGCGUAUCGAGUGAUUUUUAUGGAAAAGCCUCAAUUGAAUUGAUUUUGGUGCAGGACCGUUCAUACAGAGCUGGCCUUUGUUGGCGUGCUCCUUCAUUAAAAUGAAUUCCUAUGAAAUGCUGCUUUUCUCCUGCGUUAUGAAAAUUAUGAAUAUAUCAUAUACAUAUAUAUGUAUGUUUAUAUCAACGGCGAAUGUCCAGGACUCCUGUUUUUCGAUAUAAAUACCGUUUGACUUAACACUAGAAAAAUAUCUAGUCUCCUCUGAGUACCGAUGUUCUUCGUAUAACAACUUUAAUAGCUCGUGAUACUGCAAAUCAAUCAAUGAUACUGUGUACAUCAAUGAAAUGAUUGAUCGAUUCAUUGACUAUUGAAUCUAGUGUUGCUGUCAUACGGAAGAAUAGCAUACUCUCGAUGAAUUGAAAUUCAGAGAGCCGUUCCAGUAUUUUAUUGUUUAUUUUUAAUCGCUACGAUUAUAUCAAAGAAGAGGGUUUACUUAUUCAGUUCAAUGGUUCGUCAACUCCUUGACAACGAGAGCACAAUAUUUGGAGAAGUUUCUUUUCAGUAAUAACGAGCACCAACAUAAUUUUCUUCGAUCGAAUAAUAAAUCAUUUUUGAUACACAUAUAUUUUCAUAUUUCAUUUACGACUGAACAUCACUACUAAGCGUUCAAAUUUGCGGGCUCAAAAAUUUCGCAAGUUAAUAAUGUUACAGAUUUGAAUCUCGUAACUUCGUUUAUUCAUCCAAGUCCUGGAUAUUUCAUGUUGCUUGUAAAUAAGCAUGUACGAAGAGAUAAAAAAAAAAAAAGAAGAUUGAAAAAAAAAAUACAACCAGCCAUGAAUGGGAUAUGGAGAAAAACUGAAACAAAAUGUGAAAGUCGAGUGCGCGAAUUUAUGGAAUAAGUGUUUCUAACCAAAGAGUAAUAUAUUAAUUAACGUAAGUUGGAUUCGUCACGGUGAAUUAAUCAGUCAGCAGCGAUAAGUUUCCUCUCGCGCGUGUCUCGACGUUAAUACGUAAAGGAAAGAAAACGAGGUUUCAUCGGUUCCUCUCCAAACCUUCCUCAGCAUUAAUUGCCCUCAUGCACCAUUAUUUUUUCUCUUCAUUCGUGUUGGUCUUGUCUCGAUCGUCUCUCCAUCCGCGUCGACCAAAACUACGUGUCCUCCGGCAUCAUCCAAUCUGCUUUUAGCAAUGUGAUACGAGUUAGACAUCCCACUCUAUUCUCCAUCCUCUCUAUCUCUUAGAUCUCGUCAAUCGAUGUAAAGACAAAAAAAAAACAAUAAAACACACAAAAAAACAAGCACACUUAUUCGCUUGAAUAAUUAUUGUGAGCCGCUCAAUCGGAUUAAAUGGGAGAAGAUUUUUUUUGAGACUUAUCCGAAAGCAAAAAAAGUGAAUACAAGAAAAGAGUUUCGAAUCUUAUUAAGUACAAACAUUUGACGUGUUUUUUUUUUUUUUUUUUUUUUUUUUUUCAAAUCUCAACGAAAACUGUCGUCAUUUCUUUCAACAAAUACAAAUACUGUACAUUCUCUCAUCUGUCGAGUCACAAAUAAUUGAUACGCGAUUUUAAACGAAAACAAAAAAAUAUUCAAAAUCCAUGAACGAAUCUUCAAUUUUCGUUAAUUUUUUUAUGAAAAAAAAAAAAAUGAAAUGAAAAAAAAAAACAGAAAACAGAAGGACAACUCAAAAUCGAGUACUUUCGUACCGCAGUGGACAUACUGGAAUACUUCCUGCAUAGCUUAAUGAUCCCAACUCCUAACUCGUGGUAUGAAUGUGAAAGAGAUGCUGAAACCUGCGAAAAUUGAGUUCGUUGAUAAUUACUGAAUCAUGCAGAAAGAGAUUGAGAGAGAGAGAGAACAAAAAAUCAAACGAAUCAAUUCGAAAGAAGCCGAGGGAUCGAAUCUGUCCCGUCUGAAAGGAGCCAAUGCUCCGACUCCGAUGUACCUAAUAAGCUUAACGUAUUGUAUUAGUUGAGAAAAACAAAAGAGAAUACACGAGAAUAAGAGGAGGAGAGUGAAAAAAUCAUAUUCAUGAAAAAUUCUCGAUGAAAAAACAAAAAAGAAAUGAAAACUCUGUAUUUGUGUCGUAGGCGUCGAAUCCUAAGUAAUAUGCGAGUGCCUGUGAGUGUGCGUGAGCGCCCGCGAAUUUGUGUGUGAGUUUGAAUGCAAGUAUCUCUGCGUGUUUAAGAGAGUUGUGGAAUUGUAAGAAUGAUAUUUUUGGUGCUGGCCACCAAUUUUAGACGAAUUAAGGUCUAUCGUUACAGAAAUAGUCGUUAAGAUUGAGUUAAUAUAACGAACCCCUAGCGCGUGUGUGUGAUCAUGAAAAAUCGUUUGAAAAAAAAAAAAAAAAACAAAACAAAAUAUUAAUAAUAUUAAUAAUUAAUGAAAGAAAAAACAACUAAAGUACAGAAAAUUGAAGUGAAUUAUGGGAAAACAAAAGAGUAAACAGGAAAAAAAAUUGUAUCAGAAUGCUCCGAAUAAUACGAUCGAUCAGCAUUCGAUCUACGGAGGGAUCACGUCGUAUUUGUACAAAAAAAAAACACAAGAUGAAAAACGUCGAAGGGAAACAUCGUACAUGUUCCCGUCUCUGUACGAACCCCCGUAAAGAUGAAUAAUAAAAUGAGGACAAAAAUGAAGUGAAUUCCGAAUUAUAUAUAUUGUUUGAAAAAAUUAUCGUGGCUGAUCGAACGAAUGUCCAGGGUAAACACGAGCAAGCAUUCUUUCCAAUCAGCCCAUCGUGUUUGAAUCUACCGAAGUAACGGAAACAAAAGGACAGGAAAAAAAAAGAUGAGAACAAAAUUGGAAAUACGUAUGAAAAUAAAUGGUGCGUCGAAUGAUUCAUGAACGGAGGAAGAACACUGUAUUAGUUCGAAGGAGAGAGAGAGCACUGAUAAAAUCUGGCGAUUAAUUUAUAUUAUUUACUUCGAGUUUCUCGCCCGUAAAACCAUCUCCUCUGGAGAAUCACUUCGAUGGGGAGAAAAAAAAACACACACACACACACACACAAAACUCUGUUUUACAAGUAAUGACGAUUGCGAUGAUUUACUGAAAUGUGUAAUAUUACUAAAAAAAAAAAGAAGAAGAGAACAGAAACAAGUUUAAGCUAAACUGAUACAACGUGUUUGAUUGCUGGACAGUUAAAUGAACAUGUAUUAAUAUCGUGUAACCCUCGUACGAGAUGUAUGUGUAAUAAAACAAAAACAUAUUUAUUGUCGGAAA